UCUAGAACCUCCUCCUCCUCGCCCAUUAACACUUCAUAGCCACGGCUCAAAUCCCACUCCCUCUCCUUCAUUUCGCUCUUCGCCUUUGUGUGUUGUGCAUGGCAGUGAGUCUAUUAUCGAAUGAAGUAUCAGAUUUAUGCAUUGGAAAGCCUGCGCUGAGGGGAAUCUCGGUCGUUUCCGCUACCGUUGGGGACGCUCUGUCGGCGCUGAAAAGAUUUGGAGAGACUUAUAUUAGUGUAUGGAGCUGUGAUCAUUCACAACGCAGAAGGAAAGCCAUAACGAACGGUGAGGACCCAUGUAAAUGUAUUAGCAAAAUUUGCAUGGUGGAUAUCGUUUGCUUCUUGUGUAAAGAAGAGAAUUUGUUGAACCUGGCCUCUGCCCUUGAGGCCCCUGUUUCGGUUCUCUUGCCUAAGGCCUCUGGGAUCGUUAGACAUUUGGAACCCAAUGCAAGCUUGUUGGAUGCCAUAAAUUUGAUGCUGGAAGGUGCACAGAACAUUGUUAUUCCACUUCCCAGAAGAAAAAAAUUUGUGCAGAAACCGUCCUUAGAAUCCACCCUCCAUAACGAUCGUGAAUACUGCUGGCUCACUCAAGAAGACAUAAUUCGUUACUUUCUCAAUUCAAUUGGAGUAAUUGGCUCAACUUCAAAUCACCCCAUUAAUUCUCUCAACAUUAUUGAUAAUUCUGAUAUUCUAGCCAUCCAUUAUGAUGAACCUGCCACUCUGGCAUUACCCUUUAUUGCUCAAUCCCACAUCACACAAACCUCUGUUGCCGUUGUUGAUGAUUAUGGCAAGUUGGUUGGAGACAUUUCACCUUUUGCACUGAAUUCUUGUGAUGAGACGGUUGUUGCUGCGAUAGCAACGCUUUCAGUUGAUGAUCUGAUGGCUUAUGUGGACUGUGGUAAACCUCCGAAGGACCUAGUACAGGUGGUGAAGAAGAGGCUGGAAGAGAGAAACAUGGGGGCUUUUGUGGAGUUGAUGGAGGAUGAUUGGGGAAUUUCAUCUUCAUGUUCAUCCGACGAUGAGGACAGUGUAAGUUCAGGAAGAAGUGGGAGGUCUGGAGGGUACUAUGCAAGAGUGGUGAGCAGGUCAGAGGCAAUUGUUUGUUAUCCUUGGAGCUCAUUGAUGGCUGUGAUUAUUCAGGCACUUGCUCGCCGUGUGAGUUAUGUGUGGGUUGUUGAUGAGGAUGGCACCUUGGCCGGAAUUGUUACCUUUGCCAGAAUAUUGAAAGUUUUUCAGGAACGUUUGAGGAGCAUGACAGAAGCCGAGAAUCCGAGCUUCAACAUACUGGCUUCAGCUCAAGGCAAUAAUGUUUUCUAAGUAAUACAUAAUUAGAAUUCAGGCAUAUGGAAAACCUUAAAAUAAAAACUAAACCUGCAAGAGUAAUGGUCCCCCCACACCAAAAAAAAAAAAAAAAAAAAAAAAAAAAAAAAAAAAAGAAGAAGAAAAGAAGAAAAGAAAAAAGUCCCUUUUAGUAGCUGCGUUUCAAGCCAUUAAAAGUUGGAAAUGGUGCUCUGUUUUGCUUGCUUUCUUUGUUAUGUUUUGGGAUGGCAACCUUGGACCAUGUCAAACAUUGGAUACAGGUUUUUCCUCCUAAAAUUGUACAUUAUAUGCCAUUUAAGUUUGCAUAAUUAAAUGAAUAUAUGUGUAUAUAUAUAUAUAUAAAAUUUACACUUUGUAAGUGGAUUUGAGUUCUUAGAAAUUAUGCGAGUGCCCGUAUUCCUUUCAAACAGAUCAUGUGGCACUAGAAUGUUUUCAGAUUUCUUGAGUUUGUUGAUUAACUACACACUAGUGGAUUCAACAUCUUAGCAAAUAAGGCGUACAUUGAUAAAUUAAUGAGUAAUACUAUAUAUU